AUGGCGUCGCAAUUCCCGACAAAGAAGGUUGGUGUGCUGGGUGCUACCGGCUCCGUUGGCCAGCGCUUCAUCCUCCUGCUCCAGAACCACCCGCACUUUGUCCUCCACGCCGUCGGUGCCUCGUCGCGAUCUGCCGGAAAGAAGUACAAGGAUGCCGUGAGGUGGAAGCAGGCCUCCCCCAUGGGCAAGGUCGCCGACCUGGUCGUGAAGGAGUGCAAGGCCAGCGAAUUCUUGGAGUGCGACAUUGUCUUUAGCGGUCUGGACUCGGAUGUGGCAGGUGAAGUUGAGAUGGAAUUCAUGAAGGCCAACCUCGCCGUCUUCUCCAACGCAAAGAACUACCGUCGCGAUCCCCUUGUGCCACUCGUCGUUCCCACCGUUAACCUGCCGCAUCUCGAUCUCAUUCCUCACCAGAGGAAGCACCACAGCCUUGAAAAGGGUUUCCUGGUGUGCAACUCCAACUGCGCCGUCAUUGGUCUCGUCAUCCCCUUCGCUGCCCUGCAGGCUCAGUUCGGCGAGGUCGACACCGUCUCCGUCGUCACCAUGCAGGCCGUCUCGGGCGCUGGCUACCCGGGCGUGAGCUCCAUGGACAUUAUCGACAACGUCGUGCCCUUCAUCUCGGGCGAGGAGGACAAGCUGGAGACCGAGGCACGCAAGAUUCUGGGCGGCAUCCGCGACGACAAGACGGCUUUUGUCGAGCAGGAGGGUCUGCGCGUGUCGGCCGCAUGCAACCGCGUUCCCGUUCUGGACGGCCACACCGCCUGCGUCAGUCUGCGCUUCAAGAGCCGCCCGCCGCCAAAGGUUGAGGAUGUCAAGGCUGCUCUCCGCAACUAUGUCAGUGAGGCCCAGAAGCUUGGCUGCCCCAGCGCCCCCGAGCCCAGCAUCAUGGUCUUUGACGAUGCCGACCGCCCGCAACCCCGUCUGGACCGUGACCUUGGCCGCGGUUACACUGUCAGUGUUGGCAGAGUCCGUGAGGACGAGAGCCGUAUCUUUGAUAUCAAGUUUGUGGCGUUGAGCCACAACACCGUCAUUGGUGCCGCUGGUUCCUCCAUCCUGAACGCCGAGGCAGCAGUUCUCAAGGGCUUUGUCUAA